GAUUUGUACUUUUCUCCUGAAAGUGCCCAGUUUUGCUUUGUGUAUCCUGAUGCUCUUCUGGCAGGUGCUCACACCUUUAACACGGUUGCCCGUCUCGGGGGAACCAGAUGUUUCUGGUCACUGUGAAACAUCCUCUUCUCAGAUGGUGUUUCCAUCCUGAAGUGGGCUUUGGGCAGGAAGUUUAGCUUGACCGACUUAAUCUGCCCAAGCUGGAGGUAUAAUUCCCCUGGGGAGGACUGAGACUCAUGCCAUCCCACAGUAGUGAAAACCUCUCUAUGGUCUACUUUCAAGAUUUUGUGCUGGAGGGAUUUGAGGGUGGCCUGGAAACCCAGGCCCUGCUCUUUGCUGUGUUCCUGGCCCUGUACAUGGUGACUCUGCUGGGCAACUUCCUCAUGAUCAUCGUUAUCACCCUGGAUGCCCGCCUGCACUCCCCAAUGUACUUCUUCCUCAAGAACCUCUCCUUUGUGGACUUGUGCUACUCAUCUUUCAUUGCUCCCAAAGCACUGGCCAACUUCUUCUCCUCAUCCAAGGUCAUCACCUUUGCAGGAUGUGCCACCCAGUUAUUAUUUUUCUCCUUGCUGGGAACAACUGAAUGCUUCCUCCUGGGUGUCAUGGCCUACGACCGCUUCAUGGCCAUUUGUAACCCCUUGCGUUACCCCAUCACCAUGUGCCAGUCUGCCUGCACUCGCCUGGUGCUGGGCGCCUACUGUGGAGGCUGCUUCAACUCUGUUGUGCAGACCAGCUUCACAUUCCACCUCCCAUUCUGCAGCUCCAACCACAUCAACCACUUCUUCUGUGAUGUGCCUCCCUUGCUCAAACUCUCCUGUGGCGACACGGCCAUCAAUGAACUAUUCUUGUUUGGCAUCUGUGGGCUCAUCAUUGUGGGUGUAACAAUUGUGAUCCUCAUCUCCUAUGGCUACAUCACAGUGACCAUCCUGAGGAUGCGCUCAGGAGCUGGGAGACGCAAGAUCUUCUCCACCUGUGGCUCCCACAUGACUGCAGUGACUCUCUUUUUUGGGACUCUCUUUGUCAUGUAUGCCCAGCCAGGAGCAAUUGAGUCCAUGGAGCAGGGCAAGGUGGUCUCUGUCUUCUACACGCUGGUCAUCCCAAUGCUCAAUCCCCUCAUCUACAGUCUGCGAAACAAGGAUGUGAAGGAGGCCUUGUGGAGGCUGGGCCAGAAACACAUGGCCUUGUGAAGGAUGUGCUGAAGGGAUUCAGAGUGUCCUGCAGGUUAGAUGGAGGCAUCGUGAUUGCCAGGCUUUGAGUGGUGGACUAAUUAAUUAACAGUCAUAAAUUUCACUCACACAAGAGAAACAGACUUUAGAGAUAUACUGUAUACUGCAUGUACAAUAAAUAAUAUAUUGUGCCCU